UCCAGGAUUUGGUCUAGUGUUCUCUAAUAUGGAAGCUUCAAAAAUUCAAAAGCAGCAGAGCUGACUCUUCAUUCAAAAAACACAUUUGAAAGCGGGUUUAUAUAGAGUACAAAGGCAGAAAACACAGAACCGUAAGAAAACAUAUACACGUCAGGGGUAGCGCAAAGAGCUAAAAGCUUCAAUAAAAAAAAGUGAGAACGCAAGAAAGCGAGCAAAGAGCUGCCUAAGAUUUCCAAAACCAUCCCAGCAUUAUUAAAGACAUGCAGCCACAGCCCACAAAGCAAAGCCAAGCAUAGAAUACACACAGGCACACCCCUUCAAGAGGUACAUGCACAGUCACCAGGAUCAAAAAGUUAUCCAAGGGAAGAAAAGCACUCCGCUUGCACCAGACCACUCAGAGAAACGCCACUCCAAUCAGUAGAGCUGGGACAACCCAAAAUCAAGAGCAAGACCCUGCAUCAAUCAUAGCCAUAUCGUCUAAAACAAGGGCAGAGCACCCAAGAACACAGCAAGAGCAAGCAGGAACAGCAUCAAGAUGUAUCCCUACCGCUUCAGCAACUUGCUGAUCGGCUACCUCAACCUGGGGACGCUCCUCGCCUCAAUUCCGAUCAUCGGGGCAGGGCUUUGGCUGGCCAAGGGCUCCACGGCAACAUGUUCCUCGAUUCUGCAGACGCCACUCCUCGUCGUCGGCUUCGUCGUGCUCCUCAUCUCUCUUGCUGGUUUCGUGGGCGCCUGCUUCCAUGUCGCUUGGGCCCUGUGGCUGUACCUCGUCGCCAUUAUGCUCCUCAUCGCUUUCCUUCUUGGGAUCACAGCCUUCGGGUUCGCAGUCACAGCAGGAGGCGGAGGCACACAGAUUCCAGGGAGGCCUUAUAGGGAGUACCACAUCACAGACUACUCCUCAUGGCUCCAGAACCACAUGCAGGACAUGAAGUACUGGAAGCCAGCCCUUGCUUGUGUGGUUGGGUCCAAGGCCUGUGCCAAGAUUGCGAACUGGACACCCAUGGAUUACCUCCAGCAUGAUCUCACGCCAAUACAGUCCGGUUGCUGCAAACCACCAACAGCAUGCCAAUACAGUGGAGGCAUGCCCGUCGGAGCGCAGGAUGAGGACUGCUAUCGGUGGAACAAUGCCGCGAACAUCCUCUGCUACCAGUGCAACUCGUGCAAGGCUGGCGUAAUGGAGCAGAUCCGCCAGGACUGGCACAAGAUCUCGGUCCUCAACGUCAUCGUCCUCGUCGCCCUCAUCUGCAUCUGCUCCUGUGGGUGCUGCGCCUUCAGAAACGCUCGUCGCUCCUUAUCCGAGUACCCAUAUGGGGUAAACCGCAUGUCCAAGAUAAACCCACGCUGGGACUACUACUGGUACUCAGCAAAAUGUUUCAGUUGCACACUCAACUGUUUUGCAAGUUGGCAACUCUUUUUUCUUUGUAAAAUUGAUUUCAGAAUUGAAAACAUAGAAUUAUAUUAGCAAAAGUAGAAGAUGAGGAAGCUUAUGGAAAAUAAACAAACCCAUGACCAAAAAAAAACAUCAAUCAUUAAGAAUUUUUUAAUAAAGGGUAAAGGAGACAUUUCUUUUUUUUA